CUUAAUUGUCGGUGGGCGUGGGCCGGCGGGCCGGGGAUUACGCGGCGGCUGCGCGGUCGCAUUGACUGUCGCUUUUCAUUCCCGCUGCCCACUGGGCCUUAUCGCCAUGGAUCUGACACGCUGUUUAUCUGACGCUGCAGCCAGAUCUGCUGGCCUCAGGGAAACGCUCACAAAGGCCGUGGCUCAUCAGCAUUUUGAUUGUGGCCAUCACGCCCUCUGACCCCCCCCCCCCCCCCCCCCCCCGCCCGCCAUCCCGCCAGCAUCCCCGCUUCCUCCAUAGGCCUUUUCGCUGCCCGUGGCGUCGUCCUCCGUUUGGCCGGCGUUCCCCUCGGCCCCGUGUUCUGACCCGCGGUCCCCCGCCGGCCAGUUUGUCCUGGUGUGGAUCCCGUUGCUGUUGACUUUUCACAGAGCAGCGCGUUUGUCGACUUUGGCGGCUCUCGUCCUUGUUUGUGUUGAUUUUUUGCUUUCGCCCAAAGCCGCCAUGGCGUCUUUUAAGCUGGAUUUUCUCCCGGAGAUGAUGGUGGAUCAUUGCUCUUUGAACCCGAGUCCUGUUGGCAAGAAGAUGAACGGGUCCCUGGACCACCCCGACCAACCCGACGUGGACGCCAUCAAGAUGUUCGUGGGCCAGAUCCCGCGCUCGUGGUCCGAGGAGCAGCUGCGGGAGCUCUUUGAGCCCUACGGCGCCGUCUACGAGAUCAACGUUCUCAGGGACCGCAGCCAGAACCCGCCCCAGAGCAAAGGAUGCUGUUUCGUCACCUAUUACACUCGCAAGUCGGCCUUGGAAGCGCAGAACGCUCUUCACAACAUGAAGAUUCUUCCCGGGAUGCACCACCCCGUCCAGAUGAAGCCGGCCGACAGCGAGAAGAAUAACGCGGUGGAGGACAGGAAGCUGUUCAUCGGCAUGAUCUCCAAGAAGUGCAACGAGAACGACGUGCGGCUGACGUUCUCGCCCUACGGACAAAUCGAGGAGUGUCGGAUACUUCGGGGCCCCGACGGAUUGAGCCGAGGCUGCGCGUUUGUCACGUUCACGGCCAGGCAGAUGGCCCAAGCCGCCAUCAAGUCCAUGCACCAGUCCCAGACCAUGGAGGGCUGCUCGUCGCCCAUCGUGGUGAAGUUUGCCGACACGCAGAAGGACAAGGAGCAGAAACGCAUGGCGCUCCAACUGCAGCAGCAGAUGCAGCAACUCAGCGCCGCGUCCGUGUGGGGCAACCUGACCGGGCUGGGGGGUCUGGCGCCGCAGUACCUGGCGAUUUACUUACAGCUGCUGCAGCAGUCGGCCUCCACAGGGAACGCGCUCGGCAACCUGCACCCCGCUUCAGGUCUCAGUGCCAUGCAGAACUUGGCCGCCUUGGCAGCAGCGAGCGCCAGCCAGGCUUCAGCAAGCGGCUCCAGUGCCAUGACGACAUCAAGUAGUCCACUAAGUGCGCUAACGAGCUCAGGUUCGUCGCCCACCUCGAGCGGCACGUCGUCCGUCAACCCCAUCGCGUCUCUGGGAACGCUGCAGUCUCUGGCCGCCGGCACGGGAGCCGGCCUCAACGCCGGCUCGCUCGCAGGAAUGGCGGCGCUGAAUGGCGGCCUGGGCUCGGGAGGCCUGUCCAACGGCUCGGGCGGCACCAUGGAGGCGCUGAGUCAGGCGUACUCGGGGAUCCAGCAGUACGCCGCCGCCGCCGCCCUGCCGGGACUCUACAGCCAGAGCCUGCUGUCGCAACAGAGCGUCUCGGCCGCCGGCAGCCAAAAGGAAGGUCCGGAAGGGGCCAACCUGUUCAUUUACCACCUGCCUCAAGAGUUUGGCGACCAGGACCUGCUCCAGAUGUUCAUGCCCUUCGGCAACGUCAUCUCCGCCAAGGUCUUCAUCGACAAGCAGACCAACCUCAGCAAGUGUUUCGGCUUCGUCAGCUACGACAACCCGGUGUCGUCGCAGGCCGCCAUCCAGUCCAUGAACGGUUUCCAGAUCGGCAUGAAGCGGCUCAAGGUGCAGCUCAAGCGCUCCAAGAACGACAGCAAGCCCUACUGAGGCCGCCGCCGCUCCGGUAAGUGCGGCGGCCAAGGCGGCCCAUCCCUCCCCCCCCUGCUGACGGACUGGAUUCUUCCCGCGUUCCCGUUUGCCGUUCGUGCACUUUGGAUGCCAAAGUGCCGCGUUUUCUUUUGAACUCUCUCGUUUGCCGUGCUUCCUUUGAAACCUCGACGGUGGCCCGAAUCCUCGUUUUCUUUUGUAAAUGCGCUUCACUUUGCCUUCCGUCUUCCCGAGCCGCCGUAUAUGCCGCCAGUCGGCGAUUUUGUGGUCCCGUCGCCCGAUGCCGAGGACUCGCGACGGAGUGGGAAAUGAGUGACGGAUUCCCAACCGCGCAUCAUGUCGUGACGCGCAUCAUGUUUUUGUUUUUUUCUUCCUUAAUCAACCUCUGACCCAAUAAUUGAGUGACGAGCGACACGGCAGAGCAGACGCAAAACAAAAAGCUUGCGUGUCCCUUGGCCCAGACCAACCUGCGUGGCUUUUUCAGCGCAACGCGUCUUUUUCUCUAUCUCAGCCCUCAAACGGCUGCGAUGUCGCGUGCAGGCCGACCGCUGCCCCAACUUGCACAAGCCGUUGUAGAUUUCUUUUUUUUUUAAAAGGAGCAAUCAAUUAAUGCCCUCGGACGGGGAGGGGGGGGGGAGCAAGGGGGACAAUCCGUGAAAUGCGCAUCAUGCCCGAUGUGGGCCGAUGGGCCACGCGGCAUCACCGAGCCCACCCCAACACAUGAAUGCGAGACAACGACGUGUUUUCUUUUUCUUUUGAUACAAUCCGGCGCUGUGUCUUUGUUAAAAGCCCCGCAACGUUUAUUUUGUUUUGUUGUUUUUUUUUUGUGGGAGCUGGAGAGGGACAGAUCCGCCCCGUCACGGUGUGGCCGAAGGGAGGGGAGGGGGGGGGAGUUGUCGCGUUGCAAAAGUGUUGGGAGACAUUUUCACCCCCCCCCCCCCCAAAC